CCCUCUCUCCCAGGUCCACCUCCAUCCCAGAGCCAUGUCCUGCUAUGACCUGUGCCGUCCCUGUGGGCCAACCCCACUGGCCAACAGCUGCAACGAGCCCUGUGUCAGGCAGUGCCAGGACUCCCGCGUGGUGAUCCAGCCCUCUCCCGUGGUGGUGACCCUGCCUGGACCCAUCCUCAGCUCCUUCCCCCAGAACACCGCCGUGGGAUCCUCAGCAUCUGCUGCUGUUGGCAACAUCCUGAGCGAGGAGGGAGGGCCCAUCAACUCCGGGGGCUUCAGCCUCUCUGGCCUUGGUGGCCGCUACUGUGGCAGAAGGAGCCUGCCCUGCUAA